AUGACAAGCUCAGGCGGCAUAUCGUUUCAAAGUAAUAGCAGUGAUGGCAGCGUGAAUGGCAAGAAGGCUGUGCCCCAGCAGAUUGAAAAUCUCUCCCCUCUGGCUGUUGGAGAUCAAAAAUUGAAUAGACAUUUGGGAUUUUUUAGUGGCACCAUGAUGAAUGUCGGCCAAAUCAUCGGUACAGGCAUCUUUUCCAACCCUACAUUCAUCCUGAUCAACUGUGGGUCUGGUGGCAUGAUGCUGGUUCUAUGGGUGGUUGGUGCUAUUUUCGCUGCUACAGGUGUCUGGAACUACUUGGAGCUGGGAUCAAUGCUUCCCAGAAGUGGUGGAGAGCAAGAAUAUCUUAGUUAUGAAUACCCAAAGCCUAAACAACUAAUAUCGUUCGUGUUUCUCAUCAUGGGCGGUAUCUUUGCUCGUUCUGCAGGUUUGGCUCAGGGAGCUACAGUCUUUGGCAAUAACAUCAUCUUUGCUAUUGGCGGCCCAUCAUAUACAAACGACUGGGGAGCCAGAGGUUUUGCUGUGUUCUGCUUGACAUUUUGGCUCGUCCUCAACAUCAUCUCUGCUAAAUUUGCUAUCCGUGCAAACAACUUUUUCACUGUCCUCAAGAUUGGGUUGCUCAUCCUGCUGAUUUGCGUUGGAUUCGCUGGUCUUUCUGGUCGAUUGCCUAAUCAGCCCGAUAUCUCAAGCAACUUUUCAUUUGAUGGCACAUUAGACAAUCCAGGCUCUUAUGCCAAUGCAAUUUACUAUGUCAUUUUUGCUUAUGGUGGUUGGUACAACCUAAACUAUGUCUUGGACGAACUCAAAGACCCCAUCAAAAACUUGCCUCGCUGUGCCAUCACGGCUCUCUCAUUAACUACUGUCCUGUACCUUCUUGCAAAUGUCGCCUAUCUUGCUGUUUUGCCUACCGCUAUCAUCAAAGCAUCCAAAUUAACGGUGGCCGCCAACUUGUUCAAUACCGCAUUUGGUGGUGUCUUUGGUGGACGUAUCUUGCCUGUGCUUGUUGGUUGCUCAUCGUUUGGCUUUGUAGGUGUCAUCUUUUACUCUGGAUCCAGAGUCGUCUUGGAAGCAGCUCGCAAAGGGUUCUUGCCAUUUGAUAGAUUCUUUUCCAAGGUACAUCCCAAGUUACAGACACCCAUCAAUUCACUCGUGUUGCUUUACCUUCUCUCGUUGGUCUUUUUACUGGCCCCUCCUCCAGGCUCUGUGUUCCAAUUCAUCGUUGCAUUCUCGGGCUAUGGUGGCUACUUCUUCUCUGCUUUGAGUGUUAUCGGGUUGCUCAUCUUAAGACGCACACAACCUGAUCUCAAGCGUCCUAUUCGUGUGCCAUUUGUUAUAUCCAUCUUGUUUAUUGCCAUUUGCUUCUACACACUGGUGUUUGUAUUUGUACCUCCAGUCUCCAAACCAUCAGGCUAUCCUUAUUUUCUUCCCUAUUUGAUUACCAUUGCUCUUGGUAUUGCAUCAGUCGGGCUUUGGUAUUAUAAAAUUGUCAUUAAGAAUGCACUCGAAACAUCCUACAAUGCAGAAAUUCGUCUGGAUGGCCAACAAGAGCUCUUUGACGACGUUUACAGAGAUCAUGCCAGUACAGUUUCUUCUGAUGAUACAGCCUCUGUAAAUAGUAACAAUCUUGACAAUAAGAGCAUUCACCAUGCUGAAGUACGAGCUCAACCCAAAUAA